AUAGAGCCGUCUGUUCCCUUUUAAUUCGGAUCUUGAAAUCCAUUAGCGAUUGAGCAUCUCUUGGACUUGCAAAGAGGCAAAUCAAACCGUUGGCUCACAAAUCAACGUCACCAAUCAAGAGGGAUCCUGACAGGAACCGCCCACAUUGGAUCAGAUCGCCUUAACCAAAACCUCGCCCACGCACAAACCCUCCACGCGAUUCCAGCUCCCAACCAAACCCAGAUCCCAAGUUAUGGGCAGCGCGCCGUCCCCGCCAUCGCGCCGGCGGUGGAGCUGGGGCUCGGCGCUCGCCGGCGCAGCCACGACGGCGGCGGCGGCGGCUGUGGUGCUGUGCCGGCCGAGGGACCCGAGCUUCGAGCUCAUCUCCAUCAGCCUGUCCACCUUCCACUUCCGGCCCCCCGCAGCGCUGGACAUCGGACUCACCCUCACCGUGCACGCCACCAACCCCAACGUCGUGCCCGUGCGCUACGGCGCCUCCACCGCCUCCAUCCUCUACGGCGGCGGGCACCUCGGCACCGCGCGCCUCGACGCCGGCGAGCAGCCGGCCACCUCCUGCCGCCUGCUCAACCUCCCCGCCCGCCUCGACGGCGUAGAGCUCGCGCACCGCGCGCGCGCAAUCCUCGCCGACGUCGCGCGCCGCCACAUGGAGCUGGACGCGGCCGUCGAGAUCGCCGGCGAGGCCGCGGUGCUCUUCUGGUCUCACCGUUUCUCCGUCCGCUUCAACAGCCACAUCGUCGUCGACCCCGUCUUCCUAGACGUCAUCGAGCAGGACAACCGCUCGGAGAUGCAGCUCCACCUUAUAUAAAAAACCGUCUCUUGUCAACCUUGUUCGCACAAUGGAAUGCAAAUGUGUAUGCCACUGAAAGCAUUUUUUGCAAA